AGCUGCCAGGCGUGCAUCCUGCUGCGCCCCGCUCCCCGCUUCAAUGAGUCCGUUGCCUAGCAACGGCACAGUACCCGGAAUUCUUCAUUUCGCUGCCAACCUAGACAGCUAAACAGCCAACUAGAUUGGUCCCGCAGCGGUUGUACCUCCUCUUGGAAUUGUCGGAGACGUUCGCGAAGCAGUGUCUGCUGUCCUUGCCUCUGAUGGUAAAUGUUAAGAUCAGAUCACGCGAGUCCGAAAUAAGUCGCCGUUGGAAGAGUUAAGUUUGCUGCUUAACCUUGGCGUGCAUUCGGCGUUACGAAAAUAAUCAUGACAAUGGACUGAUCUCGGCUCGGCUGCUGCGUUAGGGGGUCCGUCCAAGUUUUAUUUUUCUACUGUGGUUGAGAACAUAAGUCUGCGGCACCAGGCCAGUGGUGCUUAUGUCUAAGUUUAGUGCGACGUUUUUUAGUUCAUCUUGCUUCGCGAACAGACUGUUCAAAAAUGGACAAGGCCAGCAAAGUCUUGAGAAGGAGCAGUGUUCGUCUGAGAUCUAUUGGCAGUGGUCAUGGCGAGCUAAAUCUGGUGAUAUCAGAGCUGAAGGAUAUGAGGACAACGGCCAAAGCAUUUCUUAAUGCCCAGCAUACAGCAUCCAUGGAACUUUUACAAUGGGCACAAGCUGGAGAGAACAGAGCGAUCCAUGAUACCUUUGUUUUUCUAAGCGAACUUAAUACCCUUUGGAGUGAUACUCAAAAGGACUUUGCUGAACAUUUGAAAGAAUUCAAAACCCAGUUUGAUUUAAUUUUGGAAGGAGAGAAACAUGUGGACCAAGCCCGAACUGCUGUUGAACUCUGUGAUCAAAGGGAAGGCAAGCUAAAAAAGGAGAUGAAGAAAGCUAAAAAAUGUACUGCUGAAGAGAUGCAAGAUUUAGAAAAACGUCUUUAUGAAGCAGCUCGUGCUAAAGAAGUAGCUCAAUUAGAAGUGGCAGAUCGGUUCCGUGAGAAUGAGGCCGUGAAGUUGAUAAGGGUAAAGGCAAGUCUUCUCAAACUCUCUGAGUCUUACUUGGAGCUUGCAAACAAAUGCAAAGCAAUAUUUGAAGCAUACAGUGAUGUUGCUGAACAACUCCCAGAUGUUCAGGGGGAUGACUUGCAGGACAUUCGAUAUACAGGCUAUGAGGUUUCCAAACAAGCUAUUACACGUGCGAAGGAAAGUGUUCAUCAAUACCGUCGUCGCUCACGAAACUUGCUGCCAUGUGCCCCACAGCCUGAGGAUCCCCCUCCACCUUACUCAAUAUGCCCUCCAUACAACCCAUCAUUUGCCCCUGGUGGCGCACAACGCCCUUAUUAUGCUUUGCCCAGCACAAGCUAUGAUGUUACUGAUGGUGGACCCAGCAGUUCAGGCAGAAGUGCAGCUCAAGCUAACAUAAGACAGUCCUUAUCCAACGGUGCCAUAUGCAGCUCAUCUAGUCAGAGAGCUCAAACGUCGUCCGCGUCUAAUAUUAAUAAUAGACCUCGAAGAAGGGGAUUUUUCUUCAGAACUUCAUUUAGGCGCUCAGAUUCUUCUAAUAGCCGAAGUCAACAAAGGCCGGAGCCAGUACGCCCUCGCUCAAUGCCGGGUCCCUCAAGAUCAACUAACCCAUUCGAUGAGGAUGCAGAAAAUAGUCUGGAUAAUCAGGCAGGUCACGUGGCACAGAGCAGCAGUUCAGAACGAAGAACAGCUGAGGAAAGUCUUUCAGAUUCCUUGGGCCAAACACGGAUCAAUUGAAAGAUAUCAGGAGGCGUCUUUGUGGAGCUGUUAAGAAGUGGACCAAAUGAACUUUAUACAUAGUUAAAUUUUCUCCAUAAAUGUACUAUGGACUGCUUUCAUAUCUUUCUGUUGUUUCUUUUUGUUUUCUUUUUUAAACAAAUGUUACUUAAGCUAUGGGAUACUUUCUGUGGGUGGUACAUAUAUUUUUUAUAUGCAUUCUAUGCCUUCAUUUUGUACAUAAAGUAUCAGCCAUGAGCUGUAAGUUCUUAUCAAGUUACCUAUGCCAUUUUUAAGUUUUCUUCUCAUUUUGUAUAGAAAAUUAUUAUAAGCUAUCAUCUUUUAUUGCCCUGUUCAUUUAAUGUCUUGGCUACAAUUUGUUCUUAUCAUUCAAACCAUUUGUCACAUAUUUUCAGAUUUUGAAUUUUAUUGCAUGUUUCCAAUAGGUUCGAUCACUAACAUAAUUAAGGUAUCGUAUCUCAAAUUUUGACAACCCUGAGAAGGGAGGGAAGGGGAAGGGGAGGGAAGGGCCCAUGGCUUUGACAUCACUUUUUUUCUUGUGAAAGCUUCUAGUCACUUUCUUAUUUUUUUUGUAUUUGUAAUAUAUCUAUUUCUAUUUUGUUUAUAUUUUAUUCAUCUACAGUAGAUUAGAUCUGCUGAGUUGAGAACAAAUCAUGUAUACUCAUUUUUUUCUCUCAUUUAUUGAAGCUACUAUCGGAUUUAGUUUCUAAUGUUGAAACAUUUUGUGUCUUCAUGUGUCUUGGUGCAGUUGUAUGUUUUUAAAUGUACAGCACUGAUGUCAAGGUAUGAUAAGACAUUACAGUGCUAUGCAAUUUGCAUAGUUCUUCCUGAAAUUUGCCCUUCAUAUUUGGUUGUGCACUUUUUUUGUACUUAUAUUUCUAAGCUGGAAUCAACCCAUUCCAACUGCAAGUUAUUAUUUUUGUAGUAUGUGUGACUCAUGAGUCUUUCAAUUUACAGCAAUUGUAAUUUUGAAAGAUCUGAAUGAGAAUUUGUUAGGCCCCCUUUCCAAUAUGUACUGGUGUAUUGGUAACCCCCUCUAAUAGGUGUUUGACUUGUCAACGACUUGUGAACUGAACUACUUGUAAUGUCACUGUAAGUUAGAAGAGCUCAACAUAGUGGCUACACAUGCUAUACAUAGCUAUACAUGCUACAAAGCCUUAUUUUUGUAAAACGAAAGGUUGUUAAAUUUUUUGAAUUUGGUAAAUUUAUAUUUUGGGGUCUCUCUUCUUUCUAAAGAAGCAAACCCCAGUUUUCAUUGAAAAUAAAGACUUUUGUAAAGAAG